AUGUUUAUAUUUUAUUUUAUAUUUAUUUGGUUCUUUCAAUUUUCAACAGGAGAUAUUCUUUCGGAAGCACCCGCUGAUCAAGAACAUUUAUUAAAAGGUGAGCAAGAUUGGCGAACAUGGGCAAUCGAUCGUUUAUGGGAGGAAAGAGAGAAAAUUGGACACACACCACUCAUCAAAUAUCCGGUGAAAGGUUUGCCAAAUGUGGAUCUUUUCAUCAAAAACGAAACCUCAACCCCCACUCGUUCCCUCAAACAUCGUUUUGUGUGGGCGCUUGCUUUGUGGUCGGUUGUUGAUGGCUUGGUAAACCAGAAUACUUCCACAUAUGAUUCAACAUCGGGUAACACAGGUGCAAGUGAAGCCUAUAUGUACAACGCAAUCGGAAUUCCAUAUUAUGCUGUGGUGGCCAAUGAUCUAGAACAAGCGAAAAUUGAUAACAUUGAGAAAAAUCACGGGAAAAUCAUAAAGACGGAUGUUUCUUUGAGAAAUACACGAGCAAAAGAGGAAGCUGAGAAAAAUAAAGGAUUUUAUGUAAAUCAAUUUGGAAAUGCUGAAAAAGCUGAGGAAUUCUUUGAGAGCGGUGAUUACAAAUAUGAGAGUUCGAAUGUCUUUCAUGAGGUUUUGGCGCAAAUAAAUGAUGAUAAAAGUGUGAAAAGAAAAGAUGUCGACUAUUUUGUGCACUCGGCUGGCACUGGUGGCACAAUUUCGUCAGUUGGUCGUUAUGUUGAUCGCUACAAUUUGCCCACAAAAAUUGUGUUGGCCGACUCAGAGUUCUCUCUCUUUUAUGAUUACGUUAUUCAUGAUCGAUUUACAAAUGAAUCCGGGCAACAUUUGUGGAAGAAACCGGGAGUGGCCGGGAUUGGAUAUGGAUAUGAUGUGGAACCGGUAUUGUAUGGGGAAACGACAAGUUUGAUUCCAUCGGUGAUCGAUGAAGCCGUGAAAAUCCCCGACAUUGCGACGGCUGCUGGAUUGCGAGAGUUCAACGCUCGCGGUCUCGAUGGUGGUCCAAGUUCUGCUUUAAACCUUCUCGUUUCGCUGCACGUUGCUCUCAAAAAAGCCAAAUCCCCAAAAAAAAUUUCAAUUGUGACUUUGUUGAACGAUCCGGCCGAUUUCUAUCGAAAUAACUAUUUCAACGAUACUUGGAUUUAUGAGGUUUUCAGAGAACGAGGAGGGAUCGAUGCGAUGAAUUGCUGGCGGAAAGAAAUCGCCUCCACACUCGACAAUGGCACGAAUUUCCUCGUGAAUGGAAUGAGAAAUUGCCGACCGAAA